UUCAAUGAGGAAAAAAAUAAAAAUUUGGAAUAUCUAUACAUGAGGGGCUAAUUAAUCGGAUCUUCAUGCGCUAGUAAUUUAAAAUUUCAACACCUGUCCUUCUGAAGUAGCAGCUUCCCAUGUUUACAGUAGAUGGCGCUGCCCCAAAAAAAAAAACUUCUGGGCCGGGGGGGGGGGUUGACAUAGCAUAAAAGUGAGUGGUCUCAAAGUUCACGUCAAAAAUUUCGGAGUAACACGAAACAUCUGGAAACAUCUGCUCAGGCUGGCACCAACAGUCCCGAAGAUGCAGGGAGUCAGUGAAUUCGGUGAUAGUCCCAAGAAGUUGACAGAUUUUUACUGUCACAAGAUGAACUACACUUUGUUCUGGGGUGGUUACUACUGUGUUUCGUGCUCAAAGCGUAAAUUCAUUGAUCCGGAGAGAAGUGACAGACAGGCUGUGCGAGUUCACAGGCAUUUCUUGAUAUCGGAGCCGAGGCCCAAUCGCCGGACCUGCUGCAGCUGCGGACAUCCCCUCAUGUUCGUCUCUCGGGCCCAGUACUGUCCAGAUUGCCACGAAUUUUAUCGGGAGAAUACUGAGACUCUGGAGUACGAGGACGGCUGUGUCGACGUGCCACCAAAGCCUUUGGUGUCGUCGCUAUCAAUGGCUGUGUGAAGUAUUUUCGUGAAGUCUUUUUCAUGUAUUUUUUUAUUUUUGAAACAAUUGUAAAUUGCGGUGAAUCAGUGACUCUAAUUUUUAAUCAGUUGUCAAUUGUAUUUAGCGAAUCAUGAAUUUAUUCAUUUCUUCGAGAGAAAUGAAAUUGCAAGAUUUUUUGUGGGAGCGAAUCAUAUUUUAGGGAGUACUUGAAUUUCUGAAUAAUUUUUUUUUUAAAUUUCUUUUUUGACGAUUUGGAACAGCCUCGGUCCUACUUCCAGGGGGUAAACUAAUUGCAAUUGUAAAUUAUGGUGAAUCAGUGACUCAUUAAUUUCUACUUAGUUGUAAAAUUUAUUUAGUGAAUAACGAACAAUAUGUAUAUUCAUUUCUUUAUACAAAAUGAAAUUACAAGAUUUUAUUCUGAGAGCAAAUGAUUUUGUAGCGGGCACUUGAAUUUUUUAAUAUUUUUUUUUACAUAUUUUUUAAAUUUUUCUUUUGAAAAUCAUGAAGAGGGGGAUUUUUACCCACCUAUGAACAGCCUUUGUCCUGUAUUGAGGGGAUUUUCAGCUAUCUGUAAGGGCUCGAAUGAGGAGACAUUCCUAGAGAAGAAGCAGAGUGCAGACCCCCCGCGGUUUCGGACGGACAACGUGAACCGUGACCGUGGGAAUUGAUGGAUUGAUGACCUUUGAGAUGAAGGCAGAAUUUUAGUAACGGUUUUCUAUAAUAGUAAUGUUGAGUGAUGAACAGAUGAUUAAGGAGAAAGGCGAAUGUCUCGGCAGGAAUUUCUAGAACUCUGUUGGUAGGCGAAAUGGUUCGAGGUGAUUCGUUGUCUCCGGGCAGCGAGACACCGGACUUGACGUAUUCCCCAGGUGCAUCGACGGACUGGAGGAGGAGUAUCAUAUCGCAAUUGAGAAAUCGAAAUAGAUCGCAAACAUACUGCUUCCACGAUCUCAUAUGUUUACAUAACCGGCUGUUCGAGAGUGUUAAUACGCUGAGGGGUGAGAACUUGCACUUGACAGUUGCUAAUGAAAAAUUACGGUGCGAGGUGGCCGGUGGGUCUGGCACCUCUGGGACAAAUGCUGCACUGGAGGCGAGGCUACUCGCUCAGGCUGAAGAACUCACCAUGCUGCACAGGAGGAGGGGGGAGCAUACACAGCAGAUUGUUGAUUUGAAUAAUAGAAUUCAGGAGAUGGGGAAGGAUCUGCAGAGCAAGGAGGCUAGUUUAGCCGAGAGCCUCCAGGCGAAUGCAUCCUUGCGUGCUGAAUUGACAAUGUACAUGAACAAAGAACGUGAAUUAGAAGGCGUUAAUCAAAUGCUGAGAGACGAGUAUCAGGCUCUCCAACUGGCUUUUGCUUCGUUAGAGGAGAAACUGCGGAAAAUACAAGAGGAAAAUCGACAAUUAGUGGAGCGUGUGAUAAAAUGCAAGGCCAAAGACGCUGAGAAAAUGAACGAGGAGAACGAUAAUUUCAUGAACGAGGGUUUUACCAGUCCAACAGCCUUUUUGAUGCAAACAAUAUCGAAAUUCGGAAAAAGACAAGCAAAAGUCCAGAAAGACCUGGAGGAUGCAGCCAGAGACACGAGAGCAAUCAGCCCUGACAGACUGAGCCUGAAAGAUGGUCUCGGUAUAACAACAGCAGUUCCCUCCAACGUCUACAUAAAAUUUAGUGCUCACGAUGGUGAAGUUAGUGCUGUAAAGUGGUCCCCAGUAGAUAGAAUAUUAGCAACUGGUGGUGCAGAUAGGAAAGUCAAACUGUGGGACAUAUCCAAAGGUUCGUACGAGAGCAAGGGAAUGCUGGUGGGUAGUAAUGCUAGUGUUAUGUCUGUGGAUUUCGACUCAACUGGAACUUUAAUCCUCGGAGCUUCUAAUGAUUUUGCCAGCCGGGUGUGGAGUGUCAACGAUCUGCGAUUAAGGCACACACUGACAGGCCACUGCGCUAAAGUCCUGGCAGCCAAGUUCCUGGGUGAACCGUCCAAGGUGGUGACCGGUAGUCACGAUCGAACACUCAAGAUCUGGGAUCUGCGCAGUCGUGCAUGUAUUGAAACAAAGUUCGCUGGAUCGAGUUGCAAUGACCUCGUCACCUCGGACGGUGCAGGAUCUACCAUAAUAAGUGGGCACUUUGAUAAAAGAAUAAGGUUCUGGGACACUAGGGCCGAGUCGAGCUCUAACGAUAUUGUGUUACAGGGAAAGGUAACAUCGCUGGAUUUAUCGAGGGAUGCCAAUUACCUGCUCAGUUGCGUGAGAGAUGACACCGUGAAGCUGCUUGAUCUCCGUAUGAAGCAGAUUGUCGGAUCAUUCAGUGCUGAUGGAUUCAAAGUGGGUUGCGACUGGGCGAGAGCGACCUUCAGCCCCGACGGCCAGUAUAUAGCCGUGGGUUCAGUCGAUGGCUCCGUCUUCAUCUGGAACGUGACGACGAAUAAAAUUGAAACUGUCCUCAAGGAUCACACAUUCGCAGUAACAGCAGUUGCAUGGCAUCCACACGGUACCUACCUCGCGUCGGUUGAUCGCAUGAAAAUGUCGGUCGUUUGGGGAGAUCACGUCUGACACGAGGAAUGAUUGUGCCCCAGGCGUCGAGUCCUACCGCCUACUGGCGCCUCGCUUGGCCCCGACUGGUCCUCAACGAUCAUCUCCCAAGAAUGUCAAUCAGCGAGAUACAUAACAUCAACUCAAAAAUCCGCGAUCACGUCUCGAACCUCACGAUCAAAACCCAGCUUGCAUCAUAGUGUGGACGAAGCCCACGUGUUGUUAAAAAUCAUAAUGAGAUUAACACUCGUCCCCAAUCAAUCAACGAAGUACCAGUGAAAUUUCGGAAUGAAUGGGCUGUUUUAAUAGUCGAAUAAUCGAGUACCUCUUGCGGUUAUUCCAGAGAAACUGUGGGUAACAAUGCACCGAUGGGUUAUUGGAUUAAUUCGAUAUAUUGACGAAGUGAUGGGAGCUCAAUAAAUAAUGUCUGUCGUCAGAGAUAACGGGUAACAAUGGUAAAUCUAAAUACAAUAACAUUGAAAAGAUGUGUGGGCUUAACAUCAUCAGAGUAAAUCCCCGUGAUAUGUAACGUAUACUGUGUUUUCAAUUGCAAGCUCCAUCGAUCCAAACACAAAUAUGCACUUUGUAUUGUUAUCCACCAUAUUCUUCCAUUCUCCUUCGUCCCCCUUCCGCCAGCUCACCGCUCCAAUAAUCCAAAAUUGACACGAUUAUUAAUGGAUUUUCAUGAUGAAUGCGGGUAAAUGGCAAACAGAUUUUGUAUCAUCAAAGAGAGGCUGAAAGUAAUUCAAUGUCUAUUUGUAUAAUCUCCAUAAGUUGUGGUUAUCAUCAUCGCAUCGGCGAAAUUCACGGUAGAUGACACGUAACACACAUUUCAUUAACCCAAAUGAUUUUCAUACACUGAGACCCGAAUUUCCAUUGACAUUGUUAGGUUCACCCAAUCCUGCGUCUGUCAUCAUAAUAUUCACUCGCCAUUGAUUUCGAAUGCCAUUGCUACCCCAGAGUAACUUUAUUUUUCUAAUAAAAAACCUGGAAAUAACAAAAAAAAAUCAGAGAAAUGUGGUAACUAAAGAAUGGGUUGAACGGUGCAAAAUUUCAAUCGUACAAUUUACGAAUGAAUAGGAUAAUGGAUAUUAAUAUUAGAUUACAGAUAUAUUAAAAUCACUGUGUUUGUACUCAUGGAACCGACACCAAUGCGUCACAGGUCACAGAACACAAAUUUAAUCGAAUUAAGAAAUUUAUAAAUACAAAUAAAAAAAAUGUUUUGAUGUAAAUACA